CUUACAUCUGUUCUUAACUAAACUGGCCUCUAGCAGAUGCAGAAUGUAUUGAAGGACUUUUUCGCUGGCGUGAGAAUUCAUCAGUCAUGAACAGUGAAUUAUACAGAGAUCAUUACCAAGAGGAUAAGGAAACCAAUAAAAUUGCUUCAGCAUAUGACCUCACAAGCUCCGACCUCAACAAAUUUAACUUGGUUAUCUCAUACAACUCAUCAUACAAGGGUCUCAAAUGCAUACCUUCAGUUAAGGGGCAGUGAUACCAAGAUGCAAUUUGAGUUUGUUAAAGACAUGCCUAGAGCUGCUCAACCUGAAAUGACUAUUGAUAUAUCUUUCUUAGUGGGGAAGGUGAUUUUUGUAUGGAUGAUAAUGCUUCUUUUCCCGGUCAUCCUGAGCAAUUUAGUCUACGAGAAACAACAGAAGCUAAGAACUAUAAUGAAGAUGCAUGGCCUAGGAGAUAUGGCAUACUGGACUAUAUCAUAUUGUUAUUUUCUUCUUCUAUCGCUACUGUAUAUGCUCUUCUUGGUUGUUUUCGGCUCAUGGGCUGUGACUGGAUAUCUCUUCACAAUUGGGUCUGGCUAUUUAGCAGAAUAUUUGUUCAGGCCUAUUUUUGAAGAUAUGUCCCUCUCAAGAAGCUGGACUACACUGAUGGAGUUCUUCCCGCCAUUUUCUUUGUACCGCAUAAUCUACGAGUUUUCUCCACCUCCAUCACCAUUCUAUCGUACGGACUUUUCUGGAAUACAGUGGGGAGACUUGAGUGAUCGCAAAAAUGGAAUGAAAGAGAUUCUCAUCAUAAUGGCACUUGAGUGGGCCACGUUCCUUUUGUUAACAUUCUUUUUGGAUGAAUUUGGUACCCUCAGAAAUGGAAUCAGAAAAAUGGUAUCAGUUUGUCACUCAAGCGUGGAUGAGAGUUCUCCGGCUUCUCAGAAGCAGACUAUUCAGCUUCAAGAAUUCAAAUAUUCAGUUGAAAUGGACAGGAUUGAUGUUUUGAGAGAGAGGGAGAUAGUUGAACAGCUCUUACAAGAAUCAGAUAGUGGUUAUUCGAUCAUAUGUGACAAUCUUAAGAAAGUGUACCAUGGAAAAGAUGGAAAUGCGGAGAAAAUUGCAGUGACAGGGUUAUCGCUUUCUAUGCAACGAGGACAAUGUUUUGGAAUUCUUGGUCCAAAUGGUGCUGGGAAAACGUCUCUUAUUAGCAUGUUGACUGGAUUUACUAAACCUACAUCUGGCACGGCUUAUAUUAAUGGAAUGGACAUACGAUUGGACAUGGGCAAGAUUUAUACAGGAAUUGGUGUUUGUCCACAAUUUGACUUGCUAUGGGAAACACUGACGGGUCGAGAGCAUUUGAUGUUUUACUGCAGGCUUAAGAAUUUGAGAUGUGCAGCAUUAGAUAGGGCUGUAGAACAAUCUCUGAAAAGUGUACGCUUAUUUGAUGGUGGUGUUGCUGAUAAGCGUGUGGCAGAAUACAGCGGUGGCAUGAAGCGUCGUCUCAGCGUUGCUAUAUCCCUAAUUGGUGAUCCUAAGGUUGUUUACAUGGACGAACCAAGUUCUGGAUUGGAUCCAGCAUCAAGGAGAGCACUGUGGAAUGCUGUGAUGUCUGCCAAACAGAACAGGGCCAUCAUUCUCACAACGCAUUCGAUGGAAGAGGCCGAAGCUCUAUGUGACAGGAUAGGAAUCAUGGUAAACGGGAGCCUGCAGUGCAUUGGGAACUCAAAAGAGCUGAGAGCCAAGUACGGUGGCACAUACGUGCUAACCGUAACAACUGCGGCGAGCGAGGAGGAGGUGGUGGAGCAGCUGGUCCGGUCGCUCUGCCCUGCGGCGAACAGAGUGUACCGCAUCUCAGGGACGCAGAAGUUUGAGAUGCCGAAGCAGGGUCUGAGGAUCAGCCAAGUGCUUCAGGUCAUGGAGCAUGCCAAGAGCUGGCUGAACAUCGCUGCCUGGGGCCUCUCUGAUGCAACGCUUGAAGAUGUCUUCAUCAAAGUUGCCAGCGAGAGUGACAUAUCCUCUGUCUAGAGGACUAGAGGUGUUAUCUGGACCUCGAAAGUCCAUGAAGUCUUUGAUAUGAAUUUAGUUUCGACUUUGUUGGAUUGGAUAUAUUUGGAUACUUGAUAUUUGUUGUAUCCAACGGUAGGAACCUACAUGCGAAAUUCUACUCAAUA